UUGCCUCCGUCAAGCAAGUCAUAUUCCUAUACUGUUUCAUCAAGCAACACCCAUCCUAUGGUUCUUUAUCCUUUGGCUUUAUUCCUAAAUCCACUUCCUUUUGCUCGCCUUCAAAUAGGAGAAAUCUCUCACAUUGUUCUGCAUCAUGGCAGCCCUUCUGCACCUUGCAUUCCCAACUCUCAGAUCUCCACCAAAAAUGCAUUCUUCUUGUUGUUCAGUUUAUUUCCGCCCCGAUAGGCAAAGAUGUCAGUUUAUUUUUGCUUUAAGAUUGAAAAAGAUGAAGGAUUUGACUCUAAAGUGCCUCAGAACAACCGAGGGCAUGGCUGAGAUAUUUCCUUCCUCUUCUCUUAUAAUUUUGGUUCAAGAUUUCUAUGAACAUCUCAACAAGAAGGAUAUGAAGAAAUUGAAUGAGCUACUGGAUAACAGUUGCAUGUUCGAAGACUUGGCGUUUCCCAGCCCAUUCAAGGACAAGCCUGCUGUCUACCAUUUCCUCGAAGAACUAUCAAGAGCCAUGGGCCAAAAUGUUCGAUUCAAAAUCGAUGAUGUGUAUGAAGCAGGCAAACAAAAUGCUGGGGCAAGGUGGCAUCUUGAAUGGAACGAUCGUAUCAUUCCUUUCACUAAAGGUUGCAGCUUUUUUUACUGCUCAGAAAAUACAAGGGGCCUUCUCAUAAAGAAAGCUUGUGUAUUUGUUGAAUCACCAGUAAAGCCAGGAGCAAUAGUGCUGAAUUUGCUCGGCUUUGUGACUUCAUUUUUUGAUAAGUUUCCAAAGCUGGCUGUCUGGUUCCUAGAGAAGCCUCAUGUAUUGUUUCAGUUCUUGAUGAAAGCAUACAAAAUAUUCCUUGAGCCGCUCAUGCUUCCAAUUCUUAUUUACUACACACAACUAUGGAGAUAUGGGACUCGUUUUCUAAGCCUUGUGAUCAACUUAAUUCAAAAUAUUUGGAAGGCUUUUUUGUAAUGGGGAAGGGUUACUCGGUUACAAUAAUUUGCUCAUUAUUCACCACUUCAUUCCUUUUUCUUAGCAUUGUUAUUUUGUUUUGCUUUUCUUUAAUUUUGGGACAUUUACAUACAUAGCACAUAAUUCUUAUGUAUUUACAUAUCUCACACUAAACAUUCAUAUUCACACACAUAGCACUUUAGUGCUUUAAAAAGUGUUGAUAGUGCUAAUUAUGAUGUGAUAGUAAAGAUUUUGAGCGCACUACGUGUAAAUAUGAAAUUUAGGAGUCAGAUAUGUAAAUACAUAAGUUUGGAGUGCUAUUUAUUAUAAGCCCCCUCAUUGUUUUUGGUAAUAAAAAAACUAUUUUGUA